GGGUGGGUGGGAGGGGGAAGAGAGAGACUUAGGAAACUUCUUGGGCUGUUGUGAGCCGUUGCCUCUGAACAGAAGCACCUGGGGAGCAUAGAGAGCGAAAGAGAGACAGAGAGAAAGCAACAGCCAAUGCUGCAGGCUGCAGCCGUGGAGGGAAGGAAGCUGUGCUGAGAACCAACUGAGAGCGGAGAGACAGCCCCUACCUUGCUCCUGCAGCACACAGCAUGGGGAGCAGGGCACGGGCAGAGUUGCAGACCCCCUGGAGCUCCCUGGUGGAUUCCUUUCUGACCUAUCACUCCUGCCCUGGAUUGGGCAUCCAUGGAGGCUUCUAAUCUCUUGGACCUGAGGCUACAACGAAGCCGUGAGAGCAGGGACGCUUGGCUCCCGGUCUGCGCUUCUCUGAGAUUUACUCCCUUCUUCUGCAGAAGACCACCUCAUCUUCUUUCCCUUCCACCCGGCAGGACAAAGCCAUGGACAGCCCUGAAGGGUACUCUGUCCAAGCCACUGCAGCCAUUGCAGCCAUCAUCACCUUCCUCAUCCUCUUUACCAUCUUUGGCAACAUCCUGGUGAUCAUUGCUGUGCUCACCAGCCGGUCCCUCCGAGCCCCACAGAAUCUCUUCCUGGUGUCCCUGGCAGCUGCAGACAUUCUGGUGGCUACCCUCAUCAUCCCUUUCUCCCUGGCCAAUGAGCUGAUGGGCUACUGGUACUUCAAGAAAACCUGGUGUGAGAUUUACCUGGCCUUGGAUGUCCUUUUCUGUACCUCCUCCAUCGUGCACCUUUGUGCCAUCAGUCUGGACCGCUACUGGUCUGUCAGCCAGGCCAUCGAGUACAACUCUAAGAGGACCCCCAAGAGGAUCAAGUGCAUCAUCCUCAUUGUGUGGAUGAUCGCGGCCUUCAUCUCCCUGCCACCCCUGAUCUACAAGGGGAACAAGAAGGACAGUCCGCCUGGCAGACCACAGUGCAAGCUCAACGAGGAGGCAUGGUACAUCCUCUCCUCCAGCAUUGGCUCCUUUUUUGCUCCCUGCAUUAUCAUGAUCUUGGUGUAUCUGCGGAUCUACCUGAUUGCCAAGCGCAGGAACAAGAAGCCCACAAGCAAGAAGAAGGAGUCAUCUAAGAAAAUGACUGGCCCCACCUUGGAGACUUCAAUCCAGGAGAAACUCUCCAAGCAGCUGGACACAGAGGAGCUCAAUGGACAUCAGGUGGCCAUCGAGGAGGGUGAUCAGGUGGGGACCCCUCCUCCUCCUGCAGACAGGACAUCUCUUCUGAGAUUACAAGAGGAGCAGCAGCAGUCACCACUGCCAGCCGUUAUCAGCCCAGGUCCUAGCCAGUCCCAACCGGAGAAGAAGGAGUCUUCUGGCUCCAGCCCGCUGGAGCAGUCCCCUCAUUGCAGCCACAAGCAGCGCAAUGGGCACCCGCAAAGCUCUCCAAAGGGCAUGGACACCCUGGCCACUGCCAAGGGGGAGGUGCUGCUGGUGAGGAGGGUGAAGACCCUGAGUGCCAACCCUGGGAAGAGGAAGACCCACCUCAACCGGGAGAAGAGGUUCACCUUUGUCCUGGCAGUGGUGAUUGGGGUUUUUGUCCUCUGCUGGUUCCCCUUCUUCUUCCUCUACAGCCUGGGGGCCAUCUGCCCAGAACUCUGCAAGGUCCCCAACAGCGUGUUCCAGUUCUUUUUCUGGAUUGGCUACUGCAACAGCUCCCUAAACCCUGUGAUCUAUACCAUCUUCAACCAGGACUUUCGCAAGGCUUUCAGGAAGAUCCUGUGCAGGCAGUGGACUCAGACUGCCUGGUGAGACAAAAGCAGGGAGGUGGGAGACUGUAGGUAGUGGGGAGAGGGGUGGCUAGAGAGAGGAAGGAGGAACUGCAUCCCUUCCACCGACUGUGUUAAAAAUCCUUCUAUUUAUUCAUUGGCUGAUGUGUUUGGGCAGGGGACUCAAGAGUGCAUUUUAAAGACUUGAUUUUUGGAUCAGCCUCUGUUUUUUUUGAGCUGUCUCUCUGUUGUUUCCUGCAAAGGGUUGAAAAACCAGAAGCUAGGGCUGUUUUGCCAACAUGUUUUAUACUGAGUAGGGGAACCCUGAACAUGUGAAUGAUGCACAGGGUGGGACAAGGUAGUCCCUGCUCACAAAGUCUGCAGGUGGGAGUGGGUGAACCGCCUUUUGGGUAACAAAAUUAGGAGUCUCAGCCAGUGCUGGGAUGCAGAUCUUUCCCCUUUGUCUUGUGGAUGAGAAGUUGGAUGACAGUAUGUGUGUGGAUGUCAGGGGGGAAAAAGUCUGUCAAGCCUCCCUCCUCUUUCCUGCUCCCUCCUCCUUGCUUAGGCAGGCAAUGGCCAACUCAGUACCAGGAACAGCUGCCCUGUGCCCUUUUGUGCCAGCAGAACCCAUGAUCCCUGAUGCAUUUGCACAGCCCUCAAGUGCCAAUGAAGAGCCACUGCAGCGAGGGCUUGAAUCUGCAGGGCUCUGUUUCAGCAGGGUCAGGCAGCCAAAUCACAGCUGGCCUGGCAGGGUGGGGAAGGGAGGAGUUCUGAACCUGUUCCAGGCUGGGACCCACAUGCCCCCUGUCCCAUGUAUCUGAGACCCACCUCAAGUUUGAGAUCUGUCCCUUCUACCUUACCGAGAGUCAGCGAAAUCCCCCUCCCUGGUCUAGCUGAGAUAUCCAAGACUUCCCCUUUCAUCUAGCUGGGAUCCAGCUUGCAGGGGUCUGCCCCAACUAUUGCUUUCCUGCUUAACAGCUGAGUAAGCGUGAGCCUCUGUCACCAUACCUUGAUCCCCAGAUAAAGAACCAGUGCCAAAUCCCACUGGCAGGAGCCCUUGUGUGGACAGCUCUCCCACAGCUGCCUCCCACAUGGCAGUCUGUUGAGUGUGGGCUUACAAAGGUCAGUGGCUAUAGGAGUGGUGUCUCCAUUAGCGCCCUCACUAUUGCCGCCCUCAAUAGACCCACUCUGGGGUUAGCGGUAAUGAAGUCUGGGGUGGGCUCAGAGUGGUGCACACAGAAGGGGCUGUCACACUGGAUGGGACUGAGAGGAGAGAAUUUUCCUUUCUUUGAUUCCUUUUUUUCUUAUGAAGGGAAGACUCUUCCUUUCUUCCUUUCUUCUCUAUCAUUUUCUUUAUUUUCUACACACGCUAUGCUCCUUCCCUCUUCUGCAUGUACCCCACUCCUCCUCACCUCUCUGCAGAACCCAGCACAAAAUCUGUGCUCAGAUUUUUCUGUGAAACUGGAAGUCAGCAGGGUCAGUCCUGCUCCCUGCCCCCACCUCCCUUGUAUUUCAUGGCCUUAUGGGCGCUCCAGGACUUGGUCAUGAUUUUGCUCCACAGCCUCUGACACUUCACCUCUGGGGUCAGCAUCUCCUCUAGUGGUUUGUCUUGCCGCUGUUCAUAUGCCUCCCCCAGGCUGAACCAAAUGCUCCCUCCAAAUUAGAUUCUGUUCACGAGGUGGAAAGCAGGCAUUAAAUCAAAACACCUUUAGUAUGAAUGCAGGUGGCGGAAAAAAAGCAGAUAGUUAAUCAAGGAAGUGUGAGCUGCUUUUAUAUUGUGUUUCUGUGUUUGAAUCACUGUAAAAAAUGACAUUAUAGUUUAAUUUUGCACAUCAGCAUUGGAGCUGGGAGCAGGAGGGAGACUGCUGUUUUUACACUUCUUGGUUAUUGUGGGGUCUUUUGUGUAAUCUUCCCCCGUGGAGCUAUGUUUAAUAAGAGCAGAUCAAUACCCAUGGCGUGGGUGUGAGCUGUGUCUCACCCAAACAUGCCUGCUCUGAUGGGAUCCAGAACCUAGAAGAGUUGCCCUUGGCAUGCAACAUUGGGGGUUUUUGUUGUUGUUUUUUUAAUUUAAAUAAUCCUAUCUCACUGUAAGCCCUUUACAAUGCCACGUGCCAUGAUCCUCACUUUGCAGGUGGUCAAACUGAUUCCCAGAAUAGAGCAGGGAUAUACUAGGGGUCAGGAAGCAGGGAAAAGAAACUAAGCAUCCUGAUUCUCCAUCCUGGUCCUGCGGACUACGCCAGCUUCAGCUGGCUAUUGAAAUCGCAAUUAGAUGGUGAAUUUUUAAGCACUUUGAUACCGUCCGUGGCCUCCACAUUGAAAUUCAGUCAAUCCUCUUGGCAGGCAACAGAGAAAUGAAGUGUCCUGUGAAUAGGUUUUGCCCCCAUGCUGGUGGGAAAAUAGACCUGGGGGAGCGGAGGAAAACUGAUUGCUUGCUGACCCUAAAAACAUCAAAGGGGACUGUGGGGUGGGCUGGCUGUCCCUAAACCUGUUGUAAAAGUGGGCGUAUGCAUCCAACUGGCCUGGUGUCUCUGAUCAUCCAUUCCCAUGGAGCAAGGGAAUGCCAUACAAUGGGGCCAGGGGUUGGGUGCUUCUUUGGACCAUGCGCGAGUCUUGCUGCCUCAUGGCCCCAUUUCCUAAUGGAAGGAACUGUGUUUUGCCCCAUGUCCGGUGUACGGAGUGAUGUUUAUGAAGAGUCUGAGCUAUUUUGACAAUAAAAGAUAUUUUGUAA